AUAUGUGGGCCUCGCACGCGUGGUUAGGCUAAAUGACAAAUUGAGAGGGGGCCUCGUAAACAUGCAAUUAGACUAGUCCGGUGGAGACUAUGGCUUAUAUACACGUGUCAGGUGCUUCCUAACAUUUUCUUCGUUAUGGCGCAUCUUUUUAAUUGCAAUUUGGUAAGGUUAAAUACAUAAAUCUAUGUUUGAAUCACGCUAAAAUGAUUAUUACUAUGAAUACUUCGCCGUUACUAAGUUGCUAAAUUCUCGCAUCUUCUAUAAAUGUGACAGAAAAAGAAAGAAAAAAAAAAGUGAAGGAGAAAGCGAUCAGACGGCGAAUUCGCGAUCGUAUCGAUCCACCGUUGAAUCUCACGAUGUCACUCUCCCGUCUACACAAAUUCAAGCUCUUCGCGGCACAUCGUAGCUUGGAAGCGUCCACCGCGGGGAGUCCCACGAUGAGUCCAACGAAGAGCCCUGUAUUCAAUCUCCGACGACGCAAAACCCUGCGGAUGUUGUUCGAUAAGAGCUCCGAUAGUCGCAGACGGAAUCUCCGUCAGAUCCUUGAGGAAUCUCCGGAAUCAGAUGGAAAUUCCGGGAAUAAGAAGAGGGGAAACCACCGUGCUACUAGGCGUAAAUUGAGAGAGCUCUUGGUCACAUCGCCGUCGCCGCCGUACAAAGGCAGAGAAGAUAUAGACGGAAUUGGAGAAGAGAGAAGCGAGAUUUCGCCGUUAAACGUCACUUCAAACGGUGACGGCAGAGAGUUAACGGCUCGACGAUUCGGUUCAUCCGGUUCGGUUCAAUCAUUUCGGUUAAGGAUUUUAAGAAAACCAUGGCGACCAGUCCUGGUUUCUAUUCCUGAGCAAUAAAUAAAAAAAACACACCUUUUUGUUCUCUUCUUUUUUCUCCGUUUAAUUUUGUUACAAAAUAUGAUCUUUAAAUCCUUAAUACUCCAGUUCUUAAAAUGUCAUAUUUUUCAAUGACCGUUUAUUUGUUCUUACUGCGAUUUAAGAUAUUGUAGACUAUAACCUUUACUCUCUAGUCUCUAGGAUUUAGUUAAUUAAAAAUUAGAGAUUAUGAAUAAGAGCAAAAAGAGAACAAAUGUUCGAGUUACGUUAUUAAAUCAU